AUGCCGCCCAGGCAAUUGGAGUCCUUCAUAUCAUCCAUACUAGGCUCAGAAUCAUAUUCAAAGUCACUUGCCAAACGCAUAGAUAUCCCGAUUAACAGCGCAACCACCGAAGAGCAGCUUGCCACAUCGCAACUAGACCCGUUCUCAAAAGCCUCCAAGUAUGCGCUGGGCUGGGUCUACUUCUGCAUUGUACUAUUUGUCCUGACGUUUCUCCUCCGCUUAUACCAGAUAUGGGGAGACAAGAUUAGAGCCGCCCUUCGAAAAGAAGAAUUAUUCAGCCCUGGACAAACGCUCUCGCCCAAGUCUGACUAUGAAUUGGUUACACCCAGUCCCGCAAAUUCCCAUCGAGCAUUUUUCCCUGCAACCGGCCCGCUUGUCCAACCCCCUAAGCGAGACUCGGCUCUUUCAUCUAUAGGCUGGGUAAACAACUCAAUCGCCUUUGCAAGAUGGAUAUUCUACCGCCCUCUGCCGGUGAUAAAGCUUGGAAAGCUUGAAAUUGUCCCCCCAUCUUUAGCUGCUGCUGUCCUCGUCCUGCUUGCCUUCAUCUUUGUGACACUAUACUGUUUCCUACCCCAGCCUUUGUAUUAUCCUCACAUCACCGACGGAUCGCCUCCUCUCGCAAUUAGAGCAGGCAUGCUUGCUGUUGCGACGCUUCCAUGGAUCAUUGCGCUAAGCACAAAGCCAAAUAUUAUCAGCGUAUUUACCGGCAUUGGCCACGAACGUUUGAAUGUCCUCCACCGCUGGACUGGAUAUCUCUGCCUUUUCUUAGCCCUAGUCCACAUGGUCCCAUUCUACAUUACUCCGGUCUGGGAGGAUGGAGCACUUCCGUUAUUCUCCUUGUUUAUCGGGGGUGACUACUAUAUCUAUUGA